ACCAACGGCCCAGCCCUGGGCACCCAGUCUCCAGGUGCAGGCACACAGACCCACCAUGAGCUAUUCCCUCCCCCGCCUCUGCUCACCAUGCGGACGCUGACAUGGGUCUUGUUCUUGCCUCUGUGCCUCUCCUGCGGCUGUGCCUUCAUGUUCACGUCUCUGAGAGAGAAAGCCAAGGAACCCCAGGGCAAGGUGCCUUGCGGAGGGCACUUCCGGAUCAGGCAGAAUCUCCCAGAGCACGCCCAAGGCUGGCUUGGGAGAAAAUGGCUCUGGCUUUUUUUUGUCGUCGUGCUGUAUGUGAUACUAAAGUUUCGAGGGGAUCGCGAGAAGACUAAGGAGCAGAAUCCUUCUGGGCUUCGAGGCUGCUCAUUUCGCUCUCCGCUGAAGAAGACUCAAAAUACUUCCCCCAGCAAAGACUACGCGUUCAAUACCUUAACCCAGCUCGAGGUGGACCUUGUGAAAUUUGUGUCCAAGGUGCGCAACCUGAAAGUCGCCAUGGCAGCUGGAGGUAACUCCAAGCUUCAGAACCUGGAGGUGCCUGCGGACCCUCACAAUAACAUCACCAUCUAUGAGAUAUGGGGGGAAGAAGACUCUGAAUGAAUGGAUUUAUGUGUCAGAGGAGGAGAGAAAAAGCUGAGUGUUGACAGACCCUAUGUAAACUAAUAAAACUAUUCUGAAGAAAAAGGA